AUGCACAAGUACCAGCCCCGGUUCCACCUAGUGAGGGCCAACGACAUCUUGAAGCUGCCUUACUCCACCUUCAGGACCUACGUCUUCAAGGAGACGGAGUUCAUCGCGGUCACCGCCUAUCAGAAUGAAAAGAUAACACAACUGAAAAUCGACAAUAACCCUUUCGCGAAAGGGUUUAGAGACACAGGUGCGGGGAAAAGGGAAAAGAAUCUGUCUGUGUACCGCAGGCAAGCGUUGUUGACGGCGCGGUCUGACCCCAGAGACGAUGACGAUGAGCGACCACUGGACGUCGGAGGACCCUCCAGUCCGCCCCCUCCCGCACCUACCACGCAGCAUUCUACCAGCUCAUGGUUCACAUCGAGCGGUGGCGGUGGUGAUUCUGGCCCAGAAGAAGCCGGUUCCGACUCCUCUUGUUCAGGAGGGCCGCGAGCGCAGUCUCCUCCACCCGGACCUUCCCGGCCUUCGCCCGCUCCUGACGUGUCCCUGGGUCCACCUAUCCAACCUCCCCUUUUACCAUAUCUAUAUCCUCAUUCGUUAUAUCCCCCACCGUUCUUCCCGCCGCAUCAAAUGCCGCCAGGACUUCUGUUCAACCUUCACCCUCUCCUGCAGCAGUACUCUCUACCACCUCCCCCCGCUCCUAAUCCCACGCCGUCCCUGAGCAAAACGCACAGGUUCGCCCCCUACGCUUUACCGGGCCUGGGAUCAGCGUUCGAGCAAGUAGCGCCCCGAGCGAGGAGUUUGUCUUCGUCGCCUGCGCGGCCGCGAGUGGGCUCACCCCCGGCGAGAGCGGCGUCUGCUGAUCCCCCACCGGAUGCCCCCACGUCCACGACGACCCCUAACACGCCCCCGGCGUCCGACCUAAAGAGCAUCGAGCGUAUGGUGAACGGCCUGGAUGUGGAGACUCAGGACUGA